UGCGGCUGGGCCCCAGCUGGGGGUGUCGUUACGAGCAUGUGCAACAGCAGCCCAAGCCUUCAGGAUAAUUCCUUCAGCAGCACCGCUGUAACAGAGUGUGACGAAGACACAGUCUCCCUACAUGAAGACCAGACUGAUUGCUCCAGUCUCAGAGAUGAAGACAAUAAAGAAAAUUACCCCGAAGCCGGGACUCUCCUAGAGGAGCCCGCACCACCCUCUCGGGAGCCACAGCAGCAUGUAGAGCAGACCUUGCUGGUGGACGGCGUGCUGCGACCCAGCAUGGGCAACUUCAAGUCCCGGAAGCCCAAGAUCCUGCUCAAGGCAGAGAGCGGGAGGAGCCACGGAGAAAGUCAGGAGACAGAGCAUGUGGUACCCAGCCAGCCAGAGUGUCGGGGGAGAACAGGAAUGCAAGUCCACGAGAGUCCACAAAAUCACCCUUUCAGGUGCCAAGAAACAGUGCGAGUUCAACAAAGAAUCGACCAGAGGGCUACCAUUUGGUCAAAGGACACUUUUGAGACUCGGCAAGAGUUAAAUGAGGUAGAAGCUGCUCAGGUGCAUGGACUCAGACCCAGACCCGUGUCGACCCAGAGUGUGCUUGCAGAAGGCGCAGAUGUUGCAGACCCUGCACCAGCCCACAAAGAUGGGCAGAAUGAAGCAGACAGUGCACCAGAAGACCUCCAGUCUGUCGGGACUAGCAGGCUUCUCUAUCACAUCACUGACGGUGAUAACCCACUGCUGUCACCACGAUGCUCCAUCUUCAGCCAAAGCCAGAGAUUCAACUUAGACCCUGAAUCAGCCCCUUCUCCACCCAGCACUCAGCAGUUUAUGAUGCCACGAAGUUCUUCACGGUGUGGCUGUGGUGAUGGCAAGGAGCCACAGACCAUUACCCAGCUCACCAAGCACAUCCAGAGCCUCAAGCGAAAAAUUAGGAAAUUUGAAGAAAAAUUUGAACAAGAAAAGAAAUACCGGCCUUCACAUGGUGACAAGACUUCUAAUCCUGAAGUCCUGAAAUGGAUGAAUGAUUUGGCUAAAGGUCGUAAACAACUUAAAGAACUAAAGCUGAAAUUGUCAGAAGAACAAGGGAGUGCUCCCAAAGACCCACCUAGAAACCUGUCCUGUGAGCAACCUGCAGUCCCCAGAGAGAAUGGGAAGCCAGAAGCUGUGGGCCCUGAGCCAAGCUCCUCUGGAGAGGACACUCCUGAUACUGUGCUGACAUGCCUAAAGGAGAAGACAGAGCAACUUCCUGCUCAGGAGGAUUCUAAGGUAGCUAAGCAAGACAAGAACCUCAUAAAGCCUCUUUAUGACCGAUACAGAAUUAUCAAGCAAAUCUUGUCAACACCUUCCCUUAUUCCAACAAUUGAGGAAGAAGACUCUGAUGAAGACUGUCCACAGGGAAGCCAACAACCUUCUCUGCCAGAUCCAGCAUCUCACCUGCCUACUGGCGACCACCUCACCUUCUCUAAUGAGACGGAACCUAUUAGGGUCCUGCUGUCAGAUGAAAAAAAAGAAACCAAACAACCAGCCCUAUCCAUGUCCAAUUUACAUGAGGCCACUAUGCCUGUACUUCUUGACCAUCUCCGAGAAACUAGGGCUGACAAGAAGAGACUUCGGAAAGCCUUAAGAGAAUUUGAAGAACAAUUUUUUAAACAAACGGGAAGAAGUCCACAAAAGGAAGAUAGGAUACCGAUGGCAGAUGAGUACUAUGAAUACAAGCACAUAAAAGCCAAACUGAGACUAUUAGAGGUCCUCAUCAGCAAGCAAGAUGUGGCCAAAACCAUCUGAGGUUCAGGAAAUAUUUGUGCUCACUUUCAACCAGGAUAAGGCCAAGUUUCUUUACCUCUGACAUUCUUGCUAAGUAGUUUUGACAUACUGAGAAUCAAAGCACUUUAGUGGUAGUAUUAGCUGUUUUUAAGAAGGGAUGGCAAGUGUAAUUAUAAAUGAGGAUGGAAGAGUUAAAUGGGGGAAAUAUACUAACAAUAUAAUUGGAAAAAUUGCUCCAUGCCAAGGAGAAAACACAUGGUCAGUAUAAUUAUUUCAAAAACCAUCUUAAUAUUUUAUCAAAUCUAAAUAAUACUUGUUCAGUGGGCCACUUGUUAGGAAAAGUCUAUUUUGUGUCCAAAAACUGCUUAUGUUAAAGUGUGGAAAAGAGCAUGAUUUUUAAAAAAUCAAUAAGGAGGGAAAGAAACUUUUCUUUUUA